UUUUGAGUUCCCUCAUCUUAAACUCUUUUAAUGCUGCACUUUGGGAGUGAGUGCUUCUUUGAUCCUAAACAAAAACACUAAGACCUCUUUCUGCUUUCUAGACAUGUGCUUUCUACUCUUUUUCUUCCUACCUUUACACAUGUCCUUCACUUCAGCUCCACACCCCACCAGUCACUCUGCUGUUCAGAGAGUAACAGAUCUAGCUAGUGAAAAACAGCUAGUGACAUUAGUUCCAAAACAGCUAGUGACAAUAGUUCCAAAGGGCAAACAAUGAUCCCAGUAACACCACCAUCAGGCUAUCUCUGAUUUAAGACCUGAAGCACCAGCCACUAUCAUUACAAUCACAGGGAACUCUUUACCUUCAGUAACAACACCCCCCCCCCCCCCCCCCCCCCCAUUUUGGUUUAAACUUUUCUUUCUUUUUUUUUUUAAUUACACGACAAAAGUAGAGUUCCCCACAUUCUCUCCAUUGCCAUCUUGCUGCCCUCUCUCACUCCUUCUGCUUUGCUGUCUUUAAACACUGUACUUCAUUCUGAUCUAGUUUCUCAGUCAGUGCCCCUUUACACAGGAAGAAAGGCUGGGUUCUUCUCUCUUUCACCAAAGGGGAAUUUUUAAACAGAAAUUGUUGUUCUGGCAUGUUUUUUUUUUUUUUUUUUUUUCCUUCCUUUUUUUUCUUUUCUUUAGAGUUAUGGAGGGAUUAUGCUGGCUCGGUCUUGAACAAAACACACUGGAUUUGAUAUGAAGUUAGUGUUAUUUGCUAUGCUGAAAAUAAGAUGGCUUCCAACCCAGAGAUAUCUUUCAUUAAUUCAACAAACUAAUCAGCAUUUAUUCGCACCUUUUUGGAUGACGCUGUAGGUUUAUUUAUUUGAAAAAAUUUUCACCCACAAAUAAAAAGGCCUUACUUGGCUCCUAACUGGGCCAGUGUGGUCCUUAACUGUGGGAUUUGUGGGAGAGAUUAAAGUCGCAGAGAAAGUUUCUGCUUGUCGGUUAGAAGCCCUCUUAUUUGUUGCCUGAGGGGGGAGGAGUGGGGAGGAGCACCUGGGUUCCAGCACCCCUCCAUGUCCGCUCUGUCGCUCUGACCCCCCGCGCGCUCGCUCAGGGCCCGUGGAGUCUGCGCGCUCCGAGCUGCUUGCCUGACCCUCCAACCCAAGCGUACUGAUACCCUUUAAGGGCUCCACAGUGUUUUUGUUGUAAAUAAAUAUGUUCUCCAUGUUAGGAUUUAAAUAUCCUUAUUUUUCUUUUUUUCCCCCAUUUAGAUUGGCUUAGUAGCAUUUGGGAGGUUUAGGUGGCAUCGUGUCGUCGACGACACUGUGACGUUAGCCCUGGGCCGUGCCAGGCAGGCAGCUCCUUAUAUGCAGUCCACUGCACGCGUCAGAUGCGAUGUUAGAGAGAAAGAAUUCCACGCGCAGCACAAAGCAUUGACCUCUUUAUUUCAGAGCUGUGGAUGCUUCUAGAUACAAAUCAUUAAACCACAGACUUUUUUCUUUACCCAUCGGGCAGGAUUCGAGAAGGCAGGACAGGAUAAAACAAGCAAUGUUUUAAACCAUGUAAGAGUUUAAAAAAAAAAAAAGGAAGUAAAGAAAAUGAUGAAAGGAAUGAUUUUUCCCCCCACUUUUGUGUUUCCAUUAAUGCUAUGAUUAAUAUUAUUCCUAAGGACAUGUUUUCAGUUUAUUUGGGGAAGAUCAAGCCAGUUAGCCUCCCUCCUUUUACUGCCCUUUUAAAUGGACGAAUAAAUAUUUGAAUGAAAAGUAACGCAAAGCCUUUCUUCUCUCCCAUCCCUUCAUAAGCAUUUUUCUUCUCAUUUAAAAGUUGAAUUGCUGUUAAGUGCAUGAUUGAAAAUUGAGUAGAACAUUUUUAUUACUACUUUUUCUUUUUUUUUUUAAAUCCUUUUUGUUUCUGUGAAUAUUUUUUUUUUAUUUUUUAUAUCCAUAUAAAGCGAAUGUAUUGAAUGUCAACUUUUACUAACGCUCUUGUUUUCUUAUUUUGUCUCUUUUGGUUUCUUCCACCACUGAUAUUGUUAUUUAGAAGGUUUCAGGUGGGUGACACUAUUCCUGCGUAGGUGCGGUCCGGUGGAAAGGAACACUAGGGCAGCAUCAGUCCUCUCCUCUUCUUCCAGCUGCGGCCGCUACCCCCAGACAAAGUCCAAAAAUAUGGCUUGCUACCUGAAGGCGAUCGAGACUCAGCCAAACUUCGCCGUGGCGUGGAGCAACCUGGGCUGCGUGUUCAAUGCUCAGGGAGAGAUCUGGCUGGCCAUUCAUCAUUUCGAGAAGGCAGUAACCUUGGAUCCAAAUUUUUUGGACGCUUACAUAAACUUGGGCAACGUUCUUAAAGAAGCUCGCAUCUUUGACAGAGCUGUUGCUGGUUAUCUGCGAGCCCUCAGUCUGAGCCCCAACCACGCCGUAGUCCACGGCAACUUGGCUUGCGUGUACUACGAGCAGGGUCUGAUCGAUCUGGCCAUUGACACCUAUCGACGUGCUAUUGAGCUGCAGCCUCACUUCCCUGAUGCUUACUGCAAUCUUGCCAAUGCUCUUAAAGAAAAGGGGAAUGUGUCUGAGGCCGAGGAAUGCUACAACACGGCGCUGCGUCUUUGCCCCACGCAUGCCGACUCGCUCAAUAACCUGGCCAACAUCAAACGCGAGCAAGGCAACAUCGAAGAGGCCGUCCAGCUCUACAGGAAAGCUCUCGAGGUGUUCCCAGAGUUCGCUGCAGCCCACUCCAACCUCGCCAGCGUCCUUCAGCAGCAGGGCAAGCUCCAGGAAGCCCUCAUGCAUUACAAAGAAGCGAUCAGGAUCAGCCCCACCUUCGCCGACGCUUACUCCAACAUGGGGAACACACUAAAGGAGAUGCAGGACGUGCAGGGGGCGCUGCAGUGCUACACACGUGCGAUUCAGAUCAACCCUGCGUUUGCAGACGCUCACAGCAACCUGGCCUCGAUACACAAGGACUCUGGAAAUAUUCCGGAAGCUAUUGCAUCUUACCGCACUGCUCUAAAGCUGAAGCCUGACUUCCCAGAUGCUUACUGCAAUCUUGCUCACUGCCUGCAGAUCGUGUGUGACUGGACCGAUUAUGAUGAACGCAUGAAGAAGUUGGUUAGCAUCGUGGCUGACCAGUUGGAAAAGAACCGUCUGCCCUCAGUGCACCCUCAUCACAGCAUGUUGUAUCCUCUUUCCCAUGGCUUCCGCAAAGCCAUCGCUGAGAGACACGGCAACCUCUGCUUGGAUAAGAUCAAUGCUCUUCAUAAACCUGCUUACGAGCAUCCCAAGGACCUGAAAGCAAGUGGAGGACGUUUGCGUGUUGGCUACGUCAGCUCGGACUUUGGCAACCACCCCACCUCGCACCUCAUGCAGUCCAUUCCUGGCAUGCAUAACUCUGAGAAGUUUGAGGUGUUCUGCUACGCUCUCAGUCCUGACGACAGCACUAACUUCAGAGUCAAAGUGAUUGCCGAGGCUCAUCACUUUACUGAUCUUUCCCAGAUUACCUGCAACGGCAAAGCUGCAGACAGGAUCCACCAAGACGGAAUUCACAUCCUGGUCAACAUGAAUGGUUAUACCAAGGGUGCCCGUAACGAGCUGUUCGCCUUGCGCCCAGCUCCCAUCCAGGCUAUGUGGCUCGGCUACCCGGGCACCAGCGGAGCUCCCUUCAUGGACUACAUCAUCACUGAUAAGGAGACAUCUCCGGUUGAAGUGGCCGAGCAGUAUUCUGAGAAGAUGGCCUACAUGCCUAACACAUUCUUUAUCGGGGAUCAUGCUAACAUGUUCCCGCACCUCAAGAAAAAGGCCGUGAUCGACUUCAAGUCCAACGGACACAUUUUUGACAAUCGCAUCGUGCUGAACGGAAUCGAUCUCAAAGCCUUUUUAGACAGCCUGCCGGACGUCAAGGUCAUUAAGAUGGAGUGCGACAGCCAGGAGUCCACAGAUAAUAACGGAGCCCUCUCCAUGCCAGUCAUCCCUAUGAACACGGCCGCCGAGGCCAUCAUAAACAUGAUCAACCAAGGCCAGAUCCAGGUCACCAUCAACAGUUUCACAGUCAGCAAUGGCUUGGCUACCACUCAGAUAUUUACUGUCGAGGAGGUUGUAGUAUCUGGGACUGUAGCUUUGCAGAUCAAUAACAAGGCUGCAACAGGAGAAGAGGUUCCUAGAACAAUUGUGGUGACCACUCGCUCUCAAUAUGGUCUGCCCGAGGACUCUAUUGUCUACUGUAACUUCAACCAACUCUACAAGAUUGACCCCCCAACUCUGCAGAUGUGGGCUAAUAUCCUGAAACGUGUGCCGAACAGCGUUCUGUGGCUGUUGCGCUUCCCGGCCGUGGGCGAGCCCAACAUCCAGCAGUAUGCCCAGAGCAUGGGCCUGGCUGCCAGCCGCAUCAUCUUCUCCCCUGUUGCCCCUAAAGAAGAGCAUGUGAGGCGUGGCCAGCUGGCUGAUGUCUGCCUCGAUACUCCUCUCUGCAAUGGCCAUACCACUGGCAUGGAUGUGCUCUGGGCUGGCACCCCGAUGGUCACAAUGCCAGGUGAGACACUUGCCUCCCGCGUGGCUGCCUCUCAGUUGACUUGCCUCGGCUGCCCCGAGCUCAUCGCACAGAGUCGGCAGGAGUAUGAAGACGUGGCCGUCAAGCUCGGCACAGACAUGGACUACUUGAAGAAGAUCCGAUCCCGCGUAUGGAAGCAGCGUAUCUGCAGCCCGCUCUUCAACACUAAGCAGUACACCGUGGACUUAGAGCGCCUCUACCUGCAGAUGUGGGAGCACCACGCAAGCGGCGGCAAACCCGACCACCUGGUGAAGAUGCAGCUGCUCGACAGCAGCGAAAGUGCCUGAGCUUGCCCCACCUCUUUCCCCUCCACGCUUCUUUAGUUUUCAUCAGUGUCAGAGACUCUAUAGAGCCUGCUUUUCAGCACCAUCACCGUGAUCCUGACCCUUCAGCCACAGAUUUGGUUUCUGUGAGCCAGCGAGGAGAGCGUGAUGAUUGGACCUCCUUCACUGAGACUUACAAACAACCCCCACCCCACCCCCAAAUAUUAUCACGUUCACACUGGCUUCACUUCCGCUGCUUCUCUGUUCUGCUUGGGUGUGGACUUUUGAAGACAGAGCAAUCUUGUGUGACCUUCGUGUCUUUCAAUGAAGGUUUUUUUUUUGUUUUUUUUUUCCUUAAGCGUCAGAGGGACAGUGUUGAACUUCAACACUUUGGUAUGUUGCUAAAAACGAAUGAUUGGCUAUAACAUGCGAAUGUGAACAUUUGCCUUUUUAGUUAGCAGAUACGUUUCUUUAUAUGUUUUAUUCUGUUCAUCAUGACUUGGAAUAGAUGUGUGUGAAUUGUAACGAUUCUCCAAUGAUUUUUUCCUUCAUAUUUAGUAAUGCGGAAUAUGUUCAGUUCUAUUGUUUCAUCAAACGUGCCCAGAAUGUGUAUGGAGAAGCUAGAAUGAAGACGACCUCACUGCAUAUCUGAUAAUAGUCUGCGGACUAUCCUAGUAUUCAUCCUAAAUGCUAAUUUGUUUUUAUUAUUUUUUACCAGAAAGGUUCGAGGUAAGUAUUUUCUAAGUUCAUCGUUUUGUACACUGUCUUCCUAUCGAUCAUUUUAUUUAUGCUCUGUCAAUGAAAUUGCAAGGCUCUCUUACACAAACUGAAAUAAAGAAAUGUGGCAACCCCUCAAA